AUGCCGCGCGGCCGCGACGAGCCGGCCGCCGUGCGCGUCUACACAGUAUGCGACGAGUCCAAGUACCUCAUCGUCCGGAACGUGCCUUCUCUCGGGUGCGGCGACGAGCUCGGCACCCUGUUCUCGUCGUACGGGCCGCUGGAAGAGUGCAAGCCCAUGGAUGCCGAGGACUGCGAGGAGUACACCGACGUCUUCUUCAUCAACUUCUCGCAGCUCAGCAACGCGAGGUUCGCAAAAAGGAAGUUAGAUGAGUCUGUAUUUCUUGGCAACCGGCUGCAGGUGUCAUAUGCACCUCAAUUUGAGAGUAUUUUGGAUACCAAGGAGAAACUGGAAGUCCGGAGAAACGAAGUCCUCAGCCGAAUAAGAUCCUCUGUUGGAAGCAGAUCAGAACGGUUAACUCAGUAUUCUCCAGGGCAGGGAUCUUCUAGUGGGAACUUGCAUCAUCAUAUGAGCCCCAAUAAGAGGACUAUUUUCCAUCCGAGUCGAUGA